UAUAUAAGUGUUCUGAUUCUCUCUAUGUAAACAAUGAUUCAAAUACUGUUACGGCCUCUUACGCAAUAUUUAUUCAAACACUUGAAGACCGAUAUAAACCACAACAUACACUUAUUCGAAAAAAAUAGCAAACAGUGUUCACUACAAAUGAAUACUCUCUCCCGUUGGCGGACGACCAAGUCGACCAACAUUCUCUUUUCAUUCUCGGUGUUCUAUUUCGGUAUUCGAGAACUUGGUGUGCUGGAAAUUUUUCGUAUACGCAGAAACAGAGAUACCUCCGACGCGGUAUCACGUACGCUUCUAUAAUUUUGAGAAAUCUAUCGAAUCUAAAUCGUGAGACACAUACCGUGAUAAACGGAAACGAAUCAAUUGAUCGUGUUUAACAUUACGGAGAAUAGUAUGUAUAAAGAAGUUCACAAUCAAGAAAUCAAACACGAGUGCUCGCGAUCGGGAGGACUCCACGCUUAUCCCGAUCACUUCAGGGAACCGCACCUUUAAAACCACGUUGGAUUCAUGAACGUCUGAAGGUUCCUCUCUUCGUCCUCUGGUAGGACCUUGUAUAUAGUGUACAUAGAAUCGUUCGAGAACAAAAGGAAAUCCCUUGCUGGAGGAAGACGAGCGAACUCGAGGGAUCGCACUCUUGUCGCGCGAGGAGAAAAUCAACACCGCGAACACCUUCAGCUACACGCGUCAGCGGUAAUAAAAGGGAGAGAUAAAAAAUAACGACCGCAUCAUGAAGCAAGGAACGUCGGAAGAUUUUUCACUUGGCUUCAAGUUGCUUACCGCUGGCACGGCAGCCUGCAUCGCCGAUUUAGCUACCUUUCCGUUGGACACCGCCAAAGUCAGAAUGCAGAUUGCGGGGGAAGGACAAGCUCUAUUGCUAGCAUCGGCGGAAGGUUCAGUUUUUGCAGUAAGAGCGAGCCAGCCGGGAUUGUUCCAGACCAUCGGGAACAUCGUUAGAUUCGAAGGCGCAAGGAGCCUGUACGGAGGUCUGUCCGCGGGACUCCAGAGACAGAUGUGUUUCGCCAGCAUACGAUUGGGCCUCUACGACAGCGUGAAGUCACUCUACGCUGGAAUCUUCGACGCAGGUAAUAAUAGGAGCUGCACAUCUCUGAACAUUGGCGUGCGAAUCGCCGCAGGCAUCACGACGGGCGCUUUAGCGGUGCUGCUCGCUCAGCCGACCGAUGUCGUCAAGGUCCGUUUACAAGCUGGAAAUAAUGGGCGAUCAUCGGUGAGGUAUAGCUCCACUCUGCAAGCUUACAAGAAUAUCGCUAGCGUGGAAGGCGCGAGAGGCCUUUGGAAAGGAACUAUGCCAAACAUCUCGCGGAACGCUAUCGUGAACGUGGCGGAGAUAGUCUGUUACGAUAUCAUCAAGGAUCUCAUCCUGGUCAACGGCUAUCUCCGCGAUGGGAUACCGUGUCACUUGACCGCCGCGACGGCCGCAGGACUUUGCACCACUUUGGCAGCGAGUCCCGUGGACGUGGUGAAGACGCGUUACAUGAACAGCGCCCCCGGCGAGUACAAGGGCGCGAUGGACUGCGCCAUCAGGACCUUCGCCCAGGAGGGCCCAUCCGCAUUUUACAAGGGUUUCGUGCCGAGUUUCUCGCGCCUGGUUUCUUGGAACAUCGUCCUCUGGGUGACAUACGAGCAAAUGAAAUUGCAAAUGAAGAAGUGGCAUGGCAUUGAGUAAAGAUCUUCUUGUUCGCCGACUAUUCCUCGGGAGAUGAAAAAUCAACGUAAAGAUUCUGUUGUAAUAUUGUGUUACUUUAUCGAAAUUCACAUUUUCUGUAGAGAAUUAGCGUUUACUUAGACGAAACGUGUGCAAAUUAAACAUAGAUAAAUCGGAAAUUUUUAAUCCGCCAGCAAGUACUACGUGUUAAUCAUAAGAUACGAUUCCAGCUGAUGAUGAUGAAACAUAUUCUCGCUGCUUCUUUUUUCUUUGCAUAUUUUACAUGUAUUUGCGUAUUAUCACUGAAUUAUUAUUC